AUGGAACACCGCAGCGUCAGCAAUCUCGACGAGUUGGAGCAACUGGUCCCGCCUAGGAGAGCAGCACCGGACAGCAUUCGGCAGAUCCAGCGCCCGCAACUUGGCCAGCUCGUCAGUGAGAUGGCCAUGGGCGUGGAGCUUCCCCGGAAACGCAUCGGCUUGACGCCAGUCGCACGCGACAAGUUUGGAGUGCCCAUCCUCAUGUCCAAUCGCGCCGCGAAGAAAGUCGGGACACGCCGACGUAGGGCCCAAGGACACACAGAGCCACCACAUACCCGAUUCCCUGCGUCGAUCGCGCCCUGGCCUUUGCCGGUGCCUUUAUCUGUGCCUGCUCCCGCGGUUUUCUCAGCGGAGUCUCCUCAACCCAAGGGAGACAGGAGGGACAAAAGCAACCGCAACAGCAAUGAUAAUGAUAGCGGCAAUAACAAUGCAGCCACCGCUGGCGGUGUCCAAGCUCGGGAACCAGGCGGGGGCGGAAGCGAAAGUGGAGAGACAAAUGGAGGUCAGAGGGGACACGCGGGCAAACUCACGCUCGUUUCGGCCGGCCAGCUGGAGGAUCUCCGCGCCGACCUCAUCCAGUCCGCCAGGGAAAACAGCGACCUUCGCCACAAAGUCGACAUGCUGGAGCGAAAGCUGGCACGCGCCGAGGAUCAGAGGGAGACGUACUGGGCAUGUGGCGUGGAGUGGGCGCGUCGCGAGAAAGGACUGCGGAGUGAGCUCGAGCACUGGAGGGCACAAGCAGAGGUGGCGACGAAGAGGGGUUCCGCCGUCGAAGGAGCUGCGACCUACGGCUUCGUCGGCGUCCGCGGGUUCGGUGGUCGUGAUAAACUCGAUGAAGGUCAAGGCCACGGGCCAGGGCUGGGGCUUCAGUUCGAGAUCGGAUUCGAUGCUGAGGAUAGUGGAACUGAUUUCGACACUGGCUUCGACGCUGACUUUGGCACUGACUUCGGCGCCGACCCGGGUCUAUUCACCGCAGCGGGGGGAGGAGAGGAGUUGGACAAGGAGCGAGGCGCCAUGUUGUGGAUGGACUGA